AUGAGGUUUGCAUUCAAUUUUCUCUGGCUUUCGCUUGCAGCUGGUGCAACCGUUCGCAGCCCAGUUGCAAGCGAACACGAUGGGUCCAGAGUCUACCGCGUCAAAGCUGGUCGACAAGCAGCUUCGGUUCACAAGAGAUUGGCUGGAAUAGCAUCAAACACAUGGAAUCAAGCUCAUGGUAACCUCGACGUGGUCAUUCCGCGUGAUCAGAUUGAGGCAUUUGAGGCUCUCGGAUUGAAUACCCGUAUUAUGCAUUCUGACCUGGGAGAGUCAAUUGCGAAAGAGUCCAUGGUGAAGAGGAAGAACUGGAAGCGACAAGCAAACGACUCUCAGGAUCCAUGGUUUGACAGCUACCAUCCAUAUGACGAUCAUGUCGAGUGGUGGCGUGAGCUUCAAGCUUCGUUUCCGAACCAGUCAAACUGGACAAGCUCUGGAACAUCGUAUGAGGGCAGGGACAUCUUCGGAGUACAUCUAUGGGGAAAGGGCGGACCAGGAAAGCCUGCAGUGCUUUUCCACGGUACUGUGCACGCUCGUGAAUGGAUCAGCGCACCUACCGUUGAAUACGUAACACAGCAGCUCAUCCAGGGCUACAAGUCUGGCGACAACGUUACCCAGGCGUUCUUGGACAAAUACGACUUUUACAUUUUUCCCUUUGUCAACCCUGAUGGCUUCGUCUACACUCAAACGACUAAUCGUUUGUGGCGCAAGAAUCGCCAGCCCCCUCCAGCCAAUGCAGCCAAUCAGACCUGUUUCGGACGUGACAUUAAUCGAAAUUGGGAGGCCUUUUGGGAUGCUGACCCACGUGGAUCGUCGCCGGAUCCUUGCUCGGAGGUCUACCGUGGAGUUCGACCUCGCGACGCGCCCGAGAACGCCGGCCUUGACGACUUCAUGCGCAAGAUCCGUGAUGCUCAGGGUAUCAAGCUCUAUAUCGACUGGCAUAGUUAUUCUCAGCUGAUACUUUUCCCAUUCGGCUCCCAAGAGACAUUGUACGCGCCAGAGCUCGGCAAAUGGACGCAGGCGGCUGCCCUCAUGAGUGGAGAAAUCCGGGCAAAAUCUCGCAAUGCUACGACGUUCACGUUUGGUCCCAGUGGCGCUGUCCUGUACCCAACUACGGGCUAUUCUGUUGAUCACAUCUACACAAUCGGUCGUGCGGAGUGGGCAUAUACAAUUGAGCUGCCAGACUACGGCGACUUUGGCUUCGUCUUGCCACCGGAGAGGAUCAGGCCGGCAGUGGAGGAACAGUGGGUUGGACAGCAAGUGCUUCUUAGUCUUCUCGACGAAGAGUUCUUCACUCAGCCUGGCCCAGGCACUCUUACUCUGUAAGCUGGUAUAUAUAUUUGCAACUCGAUGUCGCUUCCAACCUAGAUACAUCAACAAGCUGCAACGUCGGUUCGUUCAGCGUGCAAUGAAGACAUCAACG